GAUUAAAACGAGAUUUCUGCUACGAGCUAUGAGUUUUGGUUGUAGGAUAUGGAAAAAAAAUAAUUCAAAAUCCUUGAAAUUACAAAACAUAGCGCUGUGAUGGAUAAGAGAUUCGAGCGGACUGGAAUUUACGUACAACUGCGAAUAAUUUCGUGAAAAAAAUGCAAUCCGUUAUUGUGUACGGGCGAUUUCUGACUCGAGCUUUAAUUAGUGGUGUUUACAAUUAUUCCAGUAGCACAGAAGCAGCCGUAAAUCGUAAAAGAGAAAGAGAUUUCAGACUGCUAGCCGUAGCUUGUGGUUUUCCCAAAGUUUCUUCGCGAUUUUCCGCCCUUUUAAAUAGAGGUCGAUACGGGGAUGAUGCGAGUUUUUUUGCAAGAUACAAAACAGCUGAUGUAUUAGGUGUUGCCGAUGGCGUCGGCGGUUGGCGAAACUAUGGUUUUGAUCCUUCCAAGUUUUCUUAUACUUUGAUGGAGACGUGUGAAAGGCUUGUCGUCACAGGUCGCUUCAAUCCUAGAAAUCCUGGCCACCUCAUAGCUGCCAGCUAUUAUGAACUGAAGGAAAAUAAAGAGCAAAUUAUAGGGAGCAGUACUGCAUGUGUGGUAGUGCUAAAUCGCACCGAUCAGAUGUUGUACACGGCCAACAUUGGGGAUAGUGGAUUCAUGGUGAUGCGUAAGGGACAAAUAGUGCACAGAUCAGAAGAACAGCAACACCACUUCAACACUCCAUUUCAACUUUCUUUAGCUCCUGCCAAUAUUACAGGCCUGGUGCACAGUGACAGUCCCGAAUCAGCUGAUACAACAUCCCUACCAAUUGAAGAAGGAGAUCUGAUUUUAUUAGCAACUGAUGGACUCUUUGACAAUCUUCCUGAAUCUGUUAUUGUUCAGCACUUGUCUAAACUCAGGGACCACAACUUAGAAAAUAUGCAGAAAAUGGUGAAUUCUUUGGCAUUUUUAGCUCAUCGAUUAGCUUUUGAUGCUAAUUAUUUAUCACCUUUUGCCAAGAGAGCUCGUGAGAAUGGAAUUAAUACAUUUGGUGGUAAACCGGAUGAUGUCACUGUCCUACUUGCAGCUGUGACCAAUCUACUAGGGGAGAGGACGGAACCUAUACCCGCAGUCAUUGCUCAACAUAGUUGUUCAGAUCACGGAUGAUAAUCAUUGAACUCAUUAUUUAAAAAAAAUUUUUUUUUUAUUUCGUAGUCUGUAAACUAGAACAUCAGGGAAUUACAAUGAUAUAGGCAUUUUUAUUUUAAAACAUCAUCUGGUGAAAACUUUCAGUGCUUAUAUAAUCUAGUUCUGUUGUCUGUAUCACAGCAGUUUGCCUGCGUACAAAGAAGGAAGACUGAGUAGGAAGUUCCUCGACGGUAGAAUAACUAACUAACUAGCUUGCUAAGGUUGUGUUUUAGAAGAGGUUAAUAGUACUAUUUUAAAAGUUUAUGCGGUCAUCUCAGUGCCUUCCUGAACUUCAUGUUUUUCUGUUUUCAAAAUGGUUUCCUGCUGUCGUAUACCAAAUGGCACAACUUUGAGGGUCCUAGAUCUGGACUUGGGUCAGUUGUCAUUAGAUAUGAGACUAGGUAAAGCAGUUUGAGGCCUGCAAGUGUUCAAUGUUGUUAGUUUUUGUCUCCAGAAAUGCCAAGGAGUUUCUUUUGGAAUUAACCUUUUUAAUUUUAUUUUACUUUUUUUUAACUCUUACAAUGCAGUAUGGGCCAAUUGCUUGUAUUUGCUAUAGAAAAAAUUAGGUUAAAUAAAUUUUAUAAUUUGUUCAGGCAUUUAUACUGAAUACUGUUUUAGAUUUAAAUGCUAAAAUAUUUGCAAUCACAGUGAAAGGACAAAAAAAGAAAAAAAAUCUUGCGAUACUGUUCUGAUGCAAAAGUUAGUUAUUUAAAACAUAUGUUCCAACUUCAAUUAAAAAUUGGCUUAAAAUAUGAUAUUGUGACAGGGAAAAAUUGUUCCCAAAUGUAAGAGGGGACGAAAAGUGAUGUAUUUUACAAAUUUCGAAUGGUGAACCUGAAGAAUGUGUAAGAAAAUGAUAAAUUUAAAAAUUAGGUUUUUAUAUUUUCAAAUUUAAAUAAAUUACCAAAAAAAAAAUCCCACCUUGAAACAAAACAAGUAUAAUAUUUACUAGUGGUUUAAAAAAAGUUAAUUCCAAGAAAAACGCCAUUGCAUUUCAGGAACCAGACUAGUAACUUUGGAUCCCUGUAGCAGCCAAAGUAAAGCUUGUACAGCAGGGUACGCUGAUAUAUAUCAAGAUUAUUAUCCGUUAUUUAUUUUGAAAAUAUCAUGAUAUUUUGAUAUUUCCGAUAUUUAUUUUUUCAACUACGGUAUUUUCAAUAUAAAAAUUAUAAAAAUCAUAGUAAUAUUGUUUAUUUAUUAUAAAAAAUAACAAAAAAGUUAUGUACUAUAUUUUUAUGUUGUAUUAAUACAUCAUUAAUAUAACAAAGUAAUAUAAUUAUUUUAUAUUCAUAAAAUUAUUAGUAAUGUAACCGCUUUAAGUCAUAUUAAAAGUGCCUACUUAAAUAUUAAAUGUUGGUUAGAAAAAAAGAAAAUAUCUGAUGACUGUGCACCGACUAAUGCACAUUUUUUAUUUCUGAAUCAUAUGUAAAAGUAUCUAACAAAAAAAAAAUGAGUAUAAAAACUAAUGCUAAAUUAACUCCAUUAAAAUCAAUGAAAAUGUGAAAUGAAAUAUUUGAUAUAAACAAGGAAAGAAAACUUAAUUUUAAGUCUACAUAAUGUAAUCAAUAAUAAUGUAAGAAAAUAAAGAGUGAUUUGAGGGUGCUUUUACUUUUGUGAAGACUUUAGUUUGCAUUGAUUGAAAAUAUCAGAUAUAUAUCAAAAUAUCGGAUACUUUCUAUUAUUUCAAAAAUAUCAUGAUAUUUUCAAACCCUAUUGUGCAGUCAAAGCACUUUACCUGGGCCUUUUUUUUUGACAUAAAUAAAGAAAUUUAUCUAGAUCAGUUUUACCCUCAAGAUUGUGCCAUCCGGUAGAGAGGUAACAUAUAAAUACAAUCAAUAUUCAGUAUCUUCUUAAAUUUGAAGUAUCAUACUCAGCUAUGUUAUUGGAGUAUGAGUUUCAGAGGGAAAGGUACAAUAUAUAAUUUACUAUACAUAUCAUUUGCAAAAACUAUUUACAUUUUCCAGCAUACUUUUGAGUGAUGUGUUGUGAAGGAGACAUGUUUUGAAGAGAACCCGUUUCAAUGGUUUAUUUUUAUUUUCUAAAAAUAUUUUCCUAUUUUCUA